AACACCGGUGAUCAGUUGAGUAGAGUUCUCAAGUAGCUACAAUAAGCCUGGAGUAGUUCGCCCUGAAAAGCGAUUUUCUUCAGCUUACUCAAACAGUGAAUAGUGUCCGUGGCAUAGCCACCUUGGAAAUCAUACUGCUCGUAAGAGUUUUUGGAUAAACUCACGCCUUAGUCUUGUGAAGAAAUCGUGAACGUGAAGGCUUAAAAAUGGCAGCUUUCGCAGAGCCACACUUCAGCGCCUGGACCCAGACGGUCGUUAACAACGUUACGGUCGUCGAUAGAGUACCACCGGAGAUGCUCCACAUGGUGGACGCUCACUGGUAUCAGUUCCCGCCAAUGAAUCCGCUGUGGCACUCGAUCCUGGGCUUUGCCAUCUUCGUCCUUGGCGUGAUUUCGAUCAUUGGCAACGGCUGUGUUAUCUACAUCUUCACCAAUACCAAGGCACUCCGAACCCCUUCCAACCUGUUGGUGGUCAACUUGGCCUUCUCUGAUUUCCUGAUGAUGUUCACAAUGGCUCCUCCGAUGGUGAUCAACUGCUGGCACGAGACCUGGGUGUUUGGCCCAUUCGCCUGUGAACUCUACGGCAUGCUUGGAUCACUGUUCGGCUGCGCCUCGAUCUGGACCAUGACCAUGAUUGCGUUUGACCGUUACAACGUCAUCGUCAAGGGUCUCGCGGGCAAGCCGAUGACCAACAACGGAGCUUUGAUGCGCAUUCUCGGUAUCUGGGCAUUCGCCCUGCUCUGGACUCUGGCUCCUCUCUUCGGAUGGAACCGAUAUGUCCCGGAGGGUAACAUGACCGCUUGCGGUACCGACUAUUUGACCCAAGACUUCACCAGCCGGUCAUACAUUCUGAUCUACUCUGGCUUCGUGUACUAUCUGCCUCUGUUCAGCAUCAUCUACUCGUACAUUUACAUCAUCCAGGCUGUGUCUGCCCACGAGAAGAACAUGCGCGAACAGGCCAAGAAGAUGAACGUCGCCUCGCUGCGCUCCCAGGAAGCCCAGAACACCAGCACCGAGAUGAAGCUGGCCAAGGUCGCCCUGGUCACCAUCUCGCUGUGGUUCAUGGCCUGGACUCCGUAUCUGGUCAUCAACUAUACUGGCAUCUUCAAGGCCGCACCGAUCAGCCCACUGGCUACUAUCUGGGGCUCGCUGUUCGCCAAGGCCAACGCUGUGUACAAUCCGAUUGUGUACGGUAUCAGCCACCCGAAGUACCGUGCUGCCCUGUACCAGAAGUUCCCGUCGCUCUCCUGCCAGGAUAGCAACGACGAUGGACAAUCGGUUGCAUCUGCUGCUACAGGAGUUUCGGAGGAGAAACCAGCAGCCUAGACUGGCAUGAAGUUGCUAUGAUUGGUUUAAGCUUUGCUAGACAAGAACGGACCUCAUCUUGCGUUGACGUUGAAAUAAUUCAUACGCAAAAUUUGUAUUUUAUUUUUGAAUGCAAAUUUUAUUUAGUAAAUAAAAGCUCUAGAAUCAAUAA